AUGUCUUCUCAGAGACAAAGAAUUAUUACAUCAAAGGCUCCUCUAUUGCCUCAGCAAACUACGCCUGAGCAAAGGUACUGGCGUCAAUAUUCUUCGACUCAAUUAGUGAAAGAGCACAACAGUGUCACUCAUAUUGCAUUCAAUCCACAACAUACUCAUGAUUUUGCUGUCACAUCUUCCACUAGAGUUCAAAUAUUUUCUUCCAGAACAAGACAAGUUGUGAAAACAUUUUCUAGAUUUAAAGAUGUUGUUUACUCAGCAUCGUUUAGAAAUGACGGUAAAUUACUAGUAGCCGGUGAUGCUACCGGUUUGGUAUCUGUAUUUGACAGUUAUAAUCCAAGAACUUUAUUAUUAUCUAUUAACGUAUCCACUCAUCCAGUUCAUGUCACAAAGUUUCACUCACAAGAUUCCAAAACUUUGGUAACAGCAAGUGAUGAUAGAGUUACAAGACUAUGGGAUAUUUCAUAUGCGUAUGAACCUUCUUUAGAAUUAACUGGCGCUUCUGAUUACGUCCGUACACUUACAUUUAUUCCUUCUGCUCCUCAUCUAGUGGCUACAGGUUCAUAUGAUGGUAUUGUAAGAUUGUAUGAUACAAGAAAUAGUGGCUCAGAACCAGUUUUCUCAUUAAAUCACGAACAACCACUAGAAAAUAUUCUAGCUAUAUCACCAACUCAAUUGAUCUCUGCAGGUGGUAAUAACUUUAAAGUUUGGGAUUUAACUAGUAAUAAAAAAUUACAUGAGAGAGGUAACUUUAAUAAAACUGUAACAUGUUUAGAUUAUGUCGAGAAUUUCGAUGCACCAUCUCAAUGUGCUUUAAUUGCUUCAUCUUUGGAUGGUCAUGUUAAAGUCUUUGAUCCUUUAGAUAAUUUCUCUGUUAAAUUUGGUUGGAAGUUCUCAGGUGCUGUAUUAAGUUGUGGUGUAUCCCCAGGUGAUGCCCAAGGUAAUCGUCAUUUAGUAGCUGGUUUAUCAUCUGGUUUAUUAGCUAUUAGAACUAAGAAAAAAGAAAAACAAGACACAAAAAAAUCUAUUUCCACAAGAGCUGAUAAGAGUUCUGCUUUCCAAAGAAUGAUGCGUGGAUCUGAAUACAAAGGUGACCAGGAACAGAUAAUUCACGAUGAUAAAGUUAAGCCACAACGUCGUAUUAAAGCUUUCGAAAAAUAUGUUAACCAAUUUAAAUGGGGAGAAGCUUUAGAUAGUGCAUUCAUACCCGGAAUGGCUAAGGAAUUGACUUUAACUGUCUUGCAAGAAUUACGUGAACGUGGGAAAAUUAGAGUUGCACUAUAUGGAAGAGAUGAAACUUCUCUUGAACCAUUAUUGAAUUGGUGUUUAAAAGGUAUCGAAGAUGUUAGAUCUAUUCCUGUUGUAGCCGACUGGAUCGUGGUAGUUUUAGAACUAUAUGGAGAAGUCCUUGAUAGGUCCCCAGUGUUGCAAGAGAUGUUAAAAAGUUUAAGAUCAAAAAUAAGACAAGAAGUGUAUAAAGCCAAAGAAGCUCAAAAAAUUGAGAGUAUGUUACAACUAUUAACAAGUUAG